AUGAAAUAAAACAACUUCUUACCCUCCUUGAUAACUGCUUUACUUAUAAUUUGCGCUAAUUGUGUUACGAAGGAUGAUCUGAUAUCCUAAAUAACCGAGAAGCUUGAUAUAAUGGACAAUAAAAUGAGUAUUAUCAUCCAAGGUGCUGAUGGCUCAAUUUACCUAAAGGAACACCUCAGCACAAGUGGUACCCAACCUUAUGAUGAUGAUACAACCAUUCACAUUGCUUCUGGCUGCAAAUGGAUUGCCAUGGCCACAAUUAUGAAGCUUGUAGAAUUGCAAUAAUUGACUCUUGAUACCAAAGUAACUGACUUUUAUCCUGAAUUCAAAGAUUCCAAUCCAACAUUGACUUUAAAGAAUUUAAUGACUCACACCUCAGGUUAUGAGUUGGCUGAUGAUUGGGUUUUUGAUUUACAAAUUACUUUAUAACAAUCUAUUUCAGGAAUUGCUGAUGGAGGUCAAUAUCCAGCCAGCACUGUGUACUUUCCAGGAGGUACCAAAGUUGGGUACAGUGACAUUGGAAUGUAAAUAGCUGGAGGCAUUGCAGAGAAGGUUUCUGGUAAGACUUUUCAUGAAUUAUUUAAUGAAUAUAUAGCUACUCCAUUGGGUAUGAAAAAUGCUGUUUUCACCGCCUUCGAUGGAGAAAAAGGAAAUAAUAUCGCCAUUGCAGAUGGGCUUCUGAUUAGAAUGAUUGAUUAUGCCAAUUUCAUGAGAAUGUUGUUAAAUCAGGGUGCCUUUGAAGGGAAAACUAUUUUAUUAGCUUCCACUGUCGAAUUGAUGCUCUAAGACUACACAGGAGAUUUGCCAGUUUCAGAGGAGGUCAUGAAGGUUGAUUCAGACACGCAAGUUGAAGAUUCAUAUAGUUUUGCUAUUGGAGCCUGGGUAUAUGACACAGGUAGUGAUGAUAAACCAUCAGUCUACUCAAGUCCAGGUAUUCAUGGAUUUGAAAAUUGGAUUGAUGUUGAGAAUAAUUAUCUAUGUAUCUUCUACAUUAGAACUGAUACUGAUAAUGAACCAGAUGUUUCAGAGUUGUCUGAAUCAAUGAGACCUGACAUUUUAGAUUUCUAUCUCAGCGAGAGUGGAAAUUAUUCAAAUUUAAUUGCCCUAGGAAUUCUAUUCGUUUUCGGCAUCAUGUUUUGA